GGAUGUUUCAGCUUGACAAAGAGCUCCCUUCGAGCAAAGAUAGCUUGCAGGAUGAUUCUUCGGUUUUCGAAUCCACACUCGGUGACCUUGAUGAUCCCUCUGACGAUAUUUUAAGCCGUUUAUUCCAGGAUAAAGUGGGGCAAGCUAUGAGUGAAGAGAGCUUUUACGAGAAUUCUUCGGUUUACGAAGAUUCUUCCGUCUUCGAGUUUGCACUUGGUCAACUUGAUGAUCUUCCUGUUCCGACACAAGGGGUGGAUCGAGAUCGACCAAUUGAAUUUGUCACUCUUGCCUAUGAGGACAUAUUUUUUAUUCAGAAAGAACUCGUUUCAUCUGCUCAAUCCCGGCGACAGAGCGGAGCUGAAGCUCAGGUUUUCGAUCAUCCCACAGAAACGCUCUCACCUUCACGCAUACAAAGUUACGAGCACAUGCUCUCAUCCCACCAACCCCGCUCCAAUCUUGCGAUAUCACCUUCAUUUGUCAGUGCGGUGGAAUCUCACAGCUCACGGAGCAGCCAAGAUCCUGCGUCUUGUUUUUUGUCCCCUCGUUCUAGUGCGUUGCAGCAGCGCCUCGAUCAGGCUAAGGCCGCCGCCAGAAUUCGAUCUUCUUGUAGUGGGGUGACGCCCCCUCAACCCUCAAACAAGCCACUUUCACUUGAAGGAACUUCGCUCCGUGAAAAUCGCAAUGUCCACAACCAGGUGCUAUCUCCCUCCUCAUCAGAUGGCCCUGAUGUCUUGUGUUUUCCUUUGACGCCCCCCAUUUACCCCAUUGCGCGUUCUCCUCAAGUGGGGCACUCUUACAUUCCCUUGUCUUUUGCGAGUGCCGACCUCGAUACGUUUGGGUCGGACUCCGUCAACGGCCAAUCUACACAAACCUGCCCAAGCAAUUUUAACCUGCGUACGCGUCGUCCUAUUGUCACAUCGAUACUCUUUCAAGAUGUAGAAGCCCAAGCUUUUGCAGCGAACGCAGCAUUGCGAAAGACGCGCACGCUAGAUGCUGAAGGGCAGCCCGACUUCAAAAAAACACUUCCCAGAAAGAAAUCGAUUUCCACCGCUCACAUUGGCGCCCCCAAACUAGUGUCAACAUCUGCGUUUCUACCUGGACUUCAACUGGACGCAAGGGUCAGGGAGGUAGAGGGUUGGCACGCCCCAACUCCCCAAUCUAAAAGCAUCUUAAAAGGUGGUUUCAAGCUAAAAAUCAAUAAAAAAAAGUCAUCAGAAACGGGGCCCAAUCGACAGACUGCCAACACCCCGGCUCACGAUCAAUCACGACAUAUCAAGUUGUUUCCCAGUAAUUCCAAUUUACGACAAGACGUUUGCCGUCCCAACUUCAAUUCUACAUCGCUCUACGCGGGGGACUCGGCGAUUGUGCCUUCAACCCAAACCAAACGACGAGGCUCCCUCGACCAGCCUGGAUCUCCAACUUCCCCGAAACACACACUUGCACUGAAUUCAUUCCGCAAGCUUGUCAAUACGGUGACCGCCUUCAAACUCAACCAUGUGUCCGGAAAUCCGAUAAAUUCAGUUAGUACUGUUAGUGAAGUAGCUCCAGAUCGUCAAUUGUCGCAACCCAUUCUUCGUGAGCAUGUCAUUGGACCUACGGAUACCGUUUAUGAAGAAGUUCCGGCAUCACCCAACGCAACUGGGCAUGAUCCAUUUGGCGCAUCGGCAGGAUUAGUAGCAAGACUCCAGGACAACAAUCAUCACAUGUCUUUAGGUCCAGUAGCGAUGCCGGAGGCUCGAGGCAGUGACGAAUACCAGAGACAAAAUCCUCAUAACUCAAUAAUUGAUCUUUAUGGCCGUAACUCGGACCUACCACCUAGGGAAAUUUUGCUCCCACAGUCUCAACCGCUACAUUCAUUAAAUUGAUUCAUCGUGUCAAUUUAGUCUUGCCAGCUUCCUAUCAGCCCUCCUGCCUCAAAGAUAACCCAGGGGAUGUGUUAAUCUUAUCCUCGUUCAAGUAACGCAAACCACGCUGGAGAUGAUCAAAUGACAAGUAAUAUACUUCCCAAGCAGCCCCUUGAUCAUAGUUUCCAUUUUCUUUAUCCUUACGGCCGGAAUUGCAUUGUGCUUUUAAUUCUCUUGUUUUGUUGAAAAUGUUUUCUUGUCGUUCUUAUCCUUCUCCGCUGUGUUGUACGGUUCAUUAUUUCUCUUUUAAUUACAAAGUAAUCGCACCAGUUUUUUUAUCAUAACAUUGUUUGUAACUUAGAGAUGUCAUUCCUAAUCUUUACAAUUUUGCAUCGUAUCUCAUCGCAUCAUGAAAACAUAUGCUUACUUCUAGUUUUUUUUUCUCCUUUUUUGUACUUAUCUUAUUGUUUAGUCCUAAUUGUAUGUAAUGAUGACAUAUGCAACAUGUUUCAUGAAAAAG